UGUGUAUGGCCACAGACAGUCUAUGCCAGUCUUUCUCAAUCAGUGUUCCUCCAGAACAGGGGUGUCAAACUGGCGGCCCUCCAGCUGUUGCCAAACUACAAGUCCCAUCAUGCCUCUGCCUUUGGGAGUCAUGCUUGUAACUGUCAGCCUUGCAGUGCCUCUUGGGACUUGUAGUUUGGCAACAGGUGGCUGGCCACCAGUUUGACACCCCUAGUCCAGAGCAGGGGGUGUCAAACUGGUGGCCCGCCACCUGUUGCCAAACUACAAGUCCCAUGAGGCAUUGCAAGAUUGACAGUUACAAGCAUGACUCCCAAAAGCAGAGACAUGAUGGGACUUGUAGUUUUGCAACUGCCAGUUUGACACCCCUGCUCUAGG